CUUGCGCCGAGGGGAAGUGAGCCGCCAGCCGCCGGAGGGACUGCAGCCGCCGCCGGGGAAGAGAAGCUCCAGCCCCCGCCUCCGGAGUUCUUGAUGGCGUCUCACCAGCAGACCAGGAUCCAAGCCUACCUGGAGAAGAAUAAGAUCGGUCCCCUCUUCGAGGAGUUGAUGACCAAGCUGAUAACAGAGACGCCUGACCAGCCAAUACCAUUUCUAAUUGAUCAUCUUCAGUCCAAACAGGGGAACCGUGGUCAGCUUCAGAGAACGUUGUCUGGCUCUGCUGCCCUUUGGGCAGAGAGUGAAACAGCAGAAAAUAAAGGAACAAGGAGAGAUUUUAGAAGUUACGAUAAACCUUGGCAGGUGAAUGCAAAAAAGCCUAAAAAGUCAAAGAGCGACCUUGCUGUAUCCAACAUUUCUCCACCAUCUCCAGAGUCCAAGUCAUUGCCGAGGUCAAUAGAGCAUCCUAAAUGGGAUUGGAGGACAAAACCGGAGAACCAUGAUUUUGAUGAACUAAAUCAUAUUCUUCAAGAGAGCAAAAAACUUGGAAAAGCCCUUGAGAAUCUGUCUCGCAGCAUUGCUAUUUCUGAUGAACUUGAUAAGGACACAGCAGGUUUUAACACCCCCCUUCUCAGACCUCGUGUGAUUGGUGAAUGGGUUGGCCGUGAAGAGAAUGAUGCAGACCCACUGGCUGCUGAGAUGCUGCAACCUCCAAUACCAAGGAAUAAAAACGAGCAGUGGGACAGCGAGGAUAGCAGCAGUCCUGGAGGAAGCUUAAAAAUGGAACCAAAGACCAAAGGACUAAAACAACAACAGCAGCAACAUAAGAAACUGCUGGCUGCCAUGCUUUCUCAGGACUCCUUUGAUUCUGCUCAAAGCACUGCUCCAUCUGUAACUGAAGAAGAUAUUGACAAUGAAGAUGAUGCAAUGGAACUGCUGGAGGAUCUUGAUGAUCUAAGAAUGGAAGGAGUCACAAGUGUGAUGUCUUCUGGGAGCAAAUUCAAUCAAACUCGAAGUGCUUAUACGGCCGAGCCUCAAGCAAAGGUCACGCUGAAUAUCUGUGCAAGAUGUGCCAGGUUGCAAGGAGAUAAUUUGGCAGAAAGGCCGGAAGAUGUCUCUAUGGUAUCUCAAACAUCUGAGCCAGCAGUGUCAGACUCUGAUGCUCAGGUAUCUGGGGUUGAAACACUUACAGAAGAUAUUGAUGAAUUUCAGAGUGCCUCUCAAGUGGCAGGAUCUUCUCAGACAGCUUGGACCCUGGAUGCCAUGAGUGUCAGACCUGGAGGUUCCCCAAGGCAGAAACUCUUAAAGGACUCCUUAGCAGCAAAAGAACUUCAAACCAUGGAAAAACACCUAGCUGAUAUUGAGAAGGACCUAGCACUAUGGGAAGAAGCCAGGCUCUCAAGAAACCCUACAAUCCAGCAUCAUAGCUUAGUUACAUCUGACCAUCAAGGCAGUCUUCAAGCUACUACACAGGGCCAAAAUCCGAGGCCUCAGGUGCAAACUCAGAUGGGGAAGAACGUUCAGCUCCAAGGAAACAAAUCACCACCACUGCCCACUAACAGCAGAACACAGGUCUCCAGUGUUGCAAACAAUAGGCCUCCAACGCCCAGUACACAAACCAACAGGCCACCAACUCCAUCAACUCCAGGGAGCAGACCUGUGACCCCAAAUAGCUUGCUGUCACGGCCUUUUACCCCUAGCAACCAAGGAAAUAGGGAAAGCUUCAUUAGUAUGCAAAGAAGCAGAUCUUUGUCAUCUAAGAGCCAAAUGGGGAGGACCCUCAGCGCUGCUUCAGGGCUCUCUGUGCAAAUGAGUGGAGACAUUGUUGGAACUGUCACUACUCAGAGAAGCAGUUUAUCAGAAAUCUGUUUGUGGCAGGAUGAAUUCUUACAACAGCUUCAGCUUGCUCAUCAACCUUGGAUAUUGCCGAGUGACACAGAAAGUGAAGGAGUGGAAGCUGACCAAGACAAAUGUUUGUGAAAUCAGUGGG